ACCCCGCAAGCCCCUUGAUCCGAAAUCACCAAACGCACUCAUUGUUGUCACUCAGCUUUCCUCAGGUGUUUGUUCUUCUUCUUAAACUAACUGUUAGUGAGUCCCUCACUCCCCUAUUCUCCUUUCCUAACCGACUCGAGCAAAAUACUACCAAACAUAAAUAUGGCUCCUCCUGAAAUCACGACCGCAGCCUUGAACCGGGCGGCGUCCGGUUUAGCGAAAGCCGGCAGCCUGCCGAGCCGCGCCUACGUGACGUUCUUGGCAGGCAAUGGAGACUACGUGAAGGGCGUGGUGGGUCUGGCCAAGGGACUCAGGAAGGUCGGCACCAUCUACCCUCUAGUGGUGGCGGUGCUGCCUGACGUCCCCGCCGACCACCGCCGCCAGCUGGUGGAGCAGGGCUGCAUCGUCCGGGAGAUCGAGCCGGUGUACCCGCCGGAGAACCAGACCCAGUUCGCCAUGGCGUAUUACGUCAUCAAUUACUCGAAGCUCCGAAUAUGGGAGUUUGUGGAGUACAGCAAGAUGAUCUACCUGGACGGAGACAUCCAGGUGUUCGACAACAUCGAUCACCUCUUUGAUCUGCCCAACGGCUACUUCUACGCCGUGAUGGACUGCUUCUGCGAGAAGACAUGGAGCCACACCCCACAGUACCAGAUCGGCUACUGCCAGCAGUGCCCCGACCGUGUCCAAUGGCCCCGAACCAUCGGCCCCAAGCCCCCUCUCUACUUCAACGCAGGGAUGUUCGUCUUCGAGCCCAGCCUCCCCAUCUACCAUGAUCUUCUCAAUACUCUCAAAAUCACUCCCCCCACGCCAUUCGCCGAGCAGGAUUUCCUGAAUAUGUUCUUCCGCGACAUAUACAAGCCGAUCCCCAACGUCUACAAUCUGGUGCUGGCGAUGCUGUGGAGGCACCCGGAGAACGUCAAUUUGGAGGAGGUGAAGGUGGUGCACUACUGCGCUGCCGGCUCCAAGCCAUGGCGCUACACCGGCGAGGAACCCAACAUGGACAGGGAAGACAUCAAGCUCCUCGUCAAGAGGUGGCGGGAGAUCUACAACGACGAAACUCUAAAUUACAAUCAGGGCAUCAUCCCCGCCGCGCAUCCGUCUGCACUGCCGGCGCCAACGAGGGUUCCCUACGUCACCGCACCGUCCGCCGCUUAAGCGUCGGCUGCAGCGGUGUAUUUUAUGCUUACAUAAUGGACCUUAGAUAUUAAUUAGGCCCAUUACGAUAUACAAAAAAGCGUGUAAUUUUUAGGGGAUUGUAGUUUUUGUGUUUCCCCAAUACCUUUUCUUCUUUUUUGUAAUUUACUAUCAGAAAUUCUCCUCUGAAUGUAAUUUCUGCGUUGUAAAUAUCAUAUAGUAAUACAUAUAUUUUCCUUUA